AUGUGUGGAAGUUCAGGCAGGGAGGUGCUUGGGGGAGGCCUUGGUAGAAGUGCCUUUGGUGAACAAGGGGCUGGACAGGGUUUUGGGCAGGCUGGUGUUAGCAGAGGAAUCCAGGAGGUCCAUGUCAAUACCAACCUGCUGACGCCAAUACAAGUGCAAGUUGAUCCCGAGUUCCAGAGAGUGCGGUCAGAUGAGAAAGAGCAGAUUAAGGCUCUCAACAACAAAUUUGCAUCAUUCAUCGAUAAGGUUCAGUGUCUUGAGCGGCAGAACCAGGCUCUGAUGACCAAGUGGGAACUUCUGCAGCAGCAAAGUGCCCAACCAGAAGAGCGCAGAAAUAUCACCUCUUUCUUCCAAUCUUACAUCACCAACCUGCAGAGGCAGAUAGAAAUGCUCCAGAACCAGAAGGAACAGCUGGAUCCGGAAGCAUAUAAGAUGCUUCAGAUUGUUGAAGAUUAUAAAAAGAGAUUCGAGGAUGAGAUCAACAAGCACAUGUCUAAAGAAGAGGAGUUUGUGGAGCUUAAAAAGGAACUGGACAGCGCUUACAUGGGAAAAAUGGAGUUUGAUGUUCGGGUGGAAAUACUGAGGCAGGAGCUUGAGUUCCUCAGAUGCUUACAUGAAGCUGAGCUGUCCCAGCUGCAAACAGUAGUUGGCAACACUAAUGUCAUUCUGUCCAUGGACAACCAUGGAGAACUGAACAUGGAUGGCAUCAUUGAAGAAGUCAGGCAGGAGUAUGAGACAAUUGCUAACAGAAGCAAAGCUGAAGUAGAUGCCAUGUACCAGGGCAGGUACCAGGACCUUCAGAACAUGUGGGUAAAUCAACGUGAGCAACUGAGGAACAGUUAUCAGGAAAUCCAGGAACUUACCAGGCAGAUCCAAAGACUACAACCAGAAAUUGAAAUCACAAGGAAAAAGAAUGCCAACCUCCAAGAAACCAUUAAAGACGCUGAGCAGCGUGGGAGCUCUGCCAUCAAAGAUGGCCAGCAAAAGCUUCAGGAGUUGGAAAAUGCCCUGCAGCAGGCCAAAGAUGAUCUCGCUCGCCUUCUUCAUGAUUAUCAGGAGCUCCUGAAAGUGAAAUUGGCCCUGGAUAUUGAAAUUGCCAUGUACAGAUCACUCCUUGAGGAGGAGGAGACCAGGAUACAGGAAGGCUCACCAGCUACAAUCUGUGUCAUUGACCACAAUGCAAGUGCCACUGGAGUCUUUGGAGUAGGAUCUGCAGGCUUUAAAAGUGGGAAGAAGGGGCUGAGCUCUGGUGCUGCCAGCAAGAAGAGACGGAAAGGAUUGAUGUCUGGAGGAGGAAAAGGCGGCAGCUGUGGUGGAGGGGGAUCCAGCUCUGGGAGUGCUGUGGUGGAGGAGGAAGCUCAGGCAGUGGAGGCUCCAUGUCUGGAGGUGGCCACAGCUCUGGAGGGUGGGGAUCCAGCUCUGGCAGGAGAGGGUCCAUCUCUGGAGGAGGAGGAGGAGGAGGAGGAGGAAGCUCAGGUCAUGGAGGAUCGAGCUCUGGCAGUGGUGGGUCCAUCUGUGGAGGAGGAGGAGGCUCCGGUUAUGGUGGAGGAGAAAGCUCAGGCAGUGGAGGCUCCAUGUCUGGAGGUGGCCACAGCUCUGGAGGGUGGGGAUCCAGCUCUGGCAGUGGCAGAUGCAGUCCUCAUAGUGGUGGGCAGAGUUCUGGAGGCAGCAGCAGCUCUGGCAGGAGAGGGUCCAUCUCUGGAGUUGGAGGAGGAAGCUCAGGUCAUGGAGGAUUGA